GCUGUCAAAGCUUGCUUUUAUCCCUAGUUUCGCAGUCUCCCAACUCUUUCUCCGUCAUUCCAGUCCCAUCGUCGUCGAGUUUUUUUCCAUCUCUUUAGCUAUGCCCUUCUGCUUCUGAUCGUUUGGCCCGGCGUCUUCAAAACAGGAGUGAGACGUAAAGAGCAUUAAAGGGAAUUUGUCGCACACCUCUUAUCUUUCGCAACAUUCUCAAUAACCUCAUGUCCUCGACCAUGCCAGAACCUGUCGCCUACCACGGUGGCUUGGUGGCCUUGGAGGGUGCUGCCGACAUUAUAGCCACACAACUCCGGCUACUUCCUACCUCGCCACAGAUAUCGAUUUUACCCCCCAUUCAGAACUACCUCGAUGAGGCGGGCACAGACGAGCUCUUCGAUGCCGAGAAGUUCAUCAAGCGAAUUCAUCACGCUCUCAUCGCGAGGAACGAGGCGGCUUUGUCCUUUCUCAAAGAUUCGACCCCAAGCAACAAGAGGCUUGUCUUCAUGAAUGGCGGCACCCCGAGCGCCCAUGCUCUCUGUAUCAAGGCCAUUUCAGAGCAUGAAACGGACGGUGACGUCUCCCAGGCUCAGUUUCUCUUCAACAGGCUCGCCAAGCACGGCUUGUCUGGUUUAGACGACGAUUUCGUCCAUCGGCGUGGCCGAUCCUCUUAUCAAUACCUCGAAAUAUCGGACCUUGACCCAACACUCAAAGCUAUGCGAGCAGCUGACGCGCUUGACCGACGGACGGCGAACCUCCAGCCCAGCACCGACAUCGACCUCACUAUCGCCACACGGUCGCGGAGCAUGAGCUUACCCAUGUGCAGCUACGACGAUAGGUUUGGUGAUGCGGCACCCUUCUACGUUUUUGGGUUGAAACCUGACCCCGACGCAUCCGAUGACCAGGAGGCUAUCGGAACACCUGGAGUUAUGGCACCGCGACUUGCUGUUGAAAGUGCCGAUCAACCGUCCACUGAAGGGGCCGACUGGCCAACGAGCUUUCUCUUCUCUAGAUACACCGGCUUUCCUCCUGGAUCGCCCAGCUGCGCCGGAGAAGCUUACGAUUCUUUCUUCUCCGUGCCUCCAUCAACUCCACCGGCCAACCCUUUGAUCGACAUGUUGUCGCCUCGGUCAGACUUCAGCGUCCACUCUUCGGAUCCUCUGGUUCUCGGUCGAGCCUCCGUUAUUCACAUGAGGCCUGUCACGCGCAAGCCUACUUUGAUGAGAACCAAGUCUCUCGAUCGGUUGUAUCGAGAUGGCAUUCAAUCUUACGAUGACGUUGCUCAUUUUCAAGCUGAACCGGCAAUUGCACAAAGGGAAGCAUACCAUCACGACGGGCAUCCCUACUCGUACCUGCAGGAAGCGUCCCGUACCUUGGAAUCCACCUCCUUGACACCCUCCUGCCAUGCCAGGCCAAGGUCUCUUUGGGCCCACAGCAAUUGUGUCCCCUUUACCCUAUCGCCUGUGCCUCCGAUGAAAAAGAAGCAGAAGACUGCUUAUGUUGACAGAGGCACUGACGCAGAUGAUCUUUUGCAACCUGAGCCUCCGUUUCAAGCCGUCUUACCUUUCACAGAGGAUCUGGUCAUUCACCUCAAAGAUGCCAAGCUAGAUCACACAUUAGACUCCAUCAUACGAGCGUUCAAGUCGGGCACAUAUCCCCUAAGGCCACCGGAAACCUCAGACCCUGCCAGUCGCUACGAGGAUGAGGACGACCUCUCAGGCCCUGAUACCCCAGUUUCUCCCAUGACUGGAUCGGUGGCUACCGCGAACAACGGGAGGGUCAUCGAACCGCAGCUCACACCAUUGAAAGCCAUUGAAACAGACGAAUAUGACCCAUUCGCAUACCAGUCGCCGCCACUACAGUCAGCAAAGCUCUUCCAUGUUGCCCACCUGAUGAGAACUCCGGCGCUGCCCACUCCUUCUCAGCCACUGUCGUCUCCUGCCUCGUCCCCUGAGCAGCGUGGUAAGUUUUGCGACUGUGAUAUCACAAUUUGCAAAACGGCUGUAGCGAUCCAGAACGCUCUGCGCUCCAUUCUCAACCUUUACUUCCCGCCCGACGACCACGGGUAUCAUCACUUUCACUUUUCUCUGCUCCCUGAAAUGGGGGGUGGGCUCUGGAAACCCGUGUUCCGUGACGCCGAUCCAGGGAGCCCCAGGACCGACCAUCGUCGAAUUGACCAGGUUCUUGCUAUUGGAUCCCAGCGUGGCAUCAAGAAGAGCUACUUGUCCGGGAUUAGCAACCAGCUAGAGAAGCUAGGGAAGAAAUCGGGCGAGGUGAGCCGCAGUGGGAGGCUCGACUUUCGAUAUCUGGUGGCAAAUGCCAUGCAGGCUUUCACAGCGCAACCCCUCGCCCACCAAACCCACGACAAUCCUUUCACCAACUCUUACCUUCUUGCGACCCUCAUCAUUCCUCAUCUAGAGACGUACUUCGUCACCCACUCUGAAGUCCGUUUUCUUCUUUUGGAGUAUCCACCCGAUCACUUGCCCACCGUCCUGGCACUUCAAAACCUCAUCGGCGUGGACCUUAUGAAGGUCGCUCAGGUGGUCGACUCGAACGCCGACGAGCCGUUACCUUUCACCCAUAUCCGAGGAGGUUCACUUGGUCGUGUGUCAAACGACUCUAGCCGUCCAGGAUCCGCAGCCUCCCACGCGCAACGCUCGACACCAUCACCGCCGCCAUCAGCGGCACCAGAGAACGUGUCUAUAUCCAAGGCUAAUUUCCUCCUCACGGCGACAGCAACGGACACAGAAAUCACCACUUUCAUCUCAACCAUUCGGAAUCUCCUAAUCGAGGUCUCCCGAUUCUAUGCCCCUGAGGACACGAGCAAGUCCAAGGUGGCCAAACGGACACCGGCGCCUCUCUCCCCAGCCUUCUCACCUUUUCCCAGUUUAGGCCUCAAUAGCCCUCCUUUGUCUCCUCCACCCGUCUCUCCGCCGCCACCUGUUGGCCGCACUACCACUCUUCGCCCACCCUCUCCCGCACUCUCUUACAAGGCUCCCUCGAUUGCUGAGACUGUCCGGACGACCAGGUCGGGCCGCAGCCGUCAGGGCAGACUGUAUAGAUUAUCAAAUACACCAGAAAACCGAAAUUCCAUUGACACAUUGGAUCUCGAGGAUGACAGCGACUGCGACAUGGAAGAGAGACGCCUCAUGCCCAUUUACCCGGGAAAACCCCCAGUGCAGAAGGGAAACAGCCGAAAGGCCCUCAGGUUUCUCGGCCUCGCCUGAUCUCGAAGCAAUGCCUGUCAUUCACACGCCUGUUUUUCGUCAUUUUUUUAAAAACUUUUUAAGACUUUUCAAGACUUUUUGGAUAUAGCGUCAGUCACCGUCACCAGUUAGAUGUUGGUUGCUUUUUACUGCAAAGUUCUCA